AAAAUGAUUAAUUAUGCCAGUAAAUUGUGCCAUGAACUUUCAAUCAACAAAACUGCUAAAUGUAUCCUCUUUUAUAUAGUACCUAUAUGUACUGUCUAGUUGAAUACAUUUUUACAAGCUGUUUAUUUGCAGUUUAGAAAUAAUUUUGGACUUGUGCAUAUUACUAAUACAUCUUAGGAAUUAAUAAAUAAAACCAGCAGAGAUGUGCUCUGUCAAAUCCAUCAUCUUGGAGAGUCUUGGCAUCAUCAGUAAGCUGGGGGAGGCCAAUACAAGCACAAAAAAAGAGCAUGUUGAGUCUACAACAAGGAAGGCUCUUUCAGUGCUCAGUGCUGGACAUGCAUCCAAAAAGCCUCCCUCUGGCAUAUCUUGUGGCUGUUCAAGAGCAACAGUUGAGACACGAGUGUUGCAACAAGUGAAAGAAAUGAUUGAACUUAUUGAAGAUUACGAGGAAAAAUCCAUCAUUGAGAGUGGAUGUGUAGCAGCAGCACUGCUACAACAGCUCCUGUACCAUACUGACCAAUGUCCUGGAUGCCUCAAUGCCACUGAAAUGGAGAACAGUCACAAGGGUUCUAUUCUCAUCAAUGUCAAGCACCGCAAAGUGGCAGAGCAAGUGUCGCGCGUGGUGCUGCACACAGCGGUGCUGUCCUGUCUAGACGAGGAAGCCAGACUCUACCCUAAGAUGGCUCUUGUCAAGAAGAAGGCACUCAUUGGGGGCAGGUUGCUGGAGGUACCGCCUCACUGUCGGCAUGAGUUCCUCAAGAGCUGCAUGUCCAUUAUGCUUCCCGUUUUUAAGCACCCAUACUACGGCAUAGGAGUGCGGACCAACCUUGCUGGGGAGGUGCUGACCGCUGCGCUGCAGUUGUGCUUUGCUCCAGCCCACGCUCGAGAACCGCAUAUAUGGUCGUGUUUAGAUUACCCUGAGGACUGCGGCUACUUCAGGCAGCAUCUUGAGGCUGCCCUUGCCAGCGUCGAGCCCACCAUAGCGCUGCGCCACCUCCUCCUGCUACGCGGCAUCGCUGCCACUGCUCAGAAGUCGACGUGGCUGCUGAAAGUGUGCACCGCCAUGUCCGUGCGGCGGUAUUUGCUGCGUGAGAAAAACGACGGCGUGCGUCUCGUGGUGCGUGCAGGCCUCGACAUCGCCGACGGCGACGACUGGCGACAGUGUGAAGCCGUGGCCACCCUCGUCGCCAGGGCCAGGGUGCAGGAUGUCGAAGGAUUUUACAAGAUAAUUGGACCUCAGGUUGCUCGGAUCCUAGCGAGUGAGGAGUGUCGUCGUGUGGGCGGCAGUGUGGUGCGUGUCAUGAGCAUCAUUUUAUCGCAGCUGAUGCAGCGAUCUCCAUCACUCACACUUCAGUACUUGGCCGCACCCUUGUUGUCUCCUCUCAUGCAACUGACUCAGAGAAGACCGCCUUGCCCAUCACCUGACAGUGGCCAGUUUUCCCUUGGCGAUUCCACCACGUCUCCUUGCUCGAAAUCUUCUAAGUCAUUACCGACUUCUUCACCUUCUUCUGUUAACACCACGCAUGAGAACUGUGAAGACGCCUCACACUCCUCGACAGCUGGCGAUCAAUCGACGUCUGUACCAAAUAUUUCCCCCAGUAACAAUGGAAUCUUGCACAAGACAGGUGACGAUCACACAUGUUGCUCUGCCAACGACUGCAUCAAAUGCGUCAAAUUAUCGGCUACAAACGGCGACGGGAUAAGCGUGACACCAGGCAGUAGUGUGUCAUCCACGCUUCAAAUGAACGGUGACUGCAGCUCUUCACUCACCAGUGACAGUGGCGAUGACGACGACAUGCGUGAGGAACGGAAGUUUCUAAAGAUUGAAGAUGAAGACUAUAAAUAUCAGUGUGGCCUCACGCCCAUGUGGGAAGAAGGAGGGGCCGGUGUGGCACGAUGCGUGCAGGUUCUGUACCGCAUCAUCGUGCUGGGGGGCGGUGGUGAAGGCUGCGCUGCGGUCCUAACUCCUGCACUCUGCCCUUUACUUGCGGUGGCCGCCAUACCUUCGCCCUGCCGCACGAGAACUCCUGCCUCUAACUGCAUCGUCAAACACCUUAGCAACACGAGUAACAGCAGCUGCGUAGAGAAGCUGUUGAUGCUGACAGGCUUGUGUCAAAGCGUAGAAUCUCCUGCUGUUCUGGACUCCGUGCGACUCAGGAUAAGCGGUGACGGAGGCAUAGAGGUAGAAGAACUAGACCUCGAGGGCGUUCCGAUCAACGAGUUCUACAACGAUAUGAUCGGCCAGGAUAGCUACGUUGCCUUAGCGCUCGUUAAAAUCCUUGGUCAACUGAAGAAUCCUACGGUUGUUCGAAAAUUCUUCAGCGAGCUACCAAAGUUAAUGAAGUUUCAAGAAAAGGAUAAACAAAAGAAAAACAAUUCUAAUCUACUUCUCACUGAACAGGACGAAAUAGACGAAGGCCUACGCAAAGUCCGGAUUGUAGGAAUGGUCUGUGAACUGCUGAGGCUAAUCAGCGAAGAAGAUGAGCUUAUGGAGAGCGUUUUUGUGAGCGUGUCCGAGGCGGUGCCCAUGGUGAUGGAGUUGCUUAAGGCUGCUUCUGAGCCGUGCGAUGAAGAAAAUUUGAAGAAAUUACAGGAAGCGAUAAUGGUGCUCGUUGUGAUGAUGCUAUGCGAGUUCGUAUGCGGUGCGAGACACGCUCAGUGCAUGACAAGUUCCGACUGGCGAAGUUUACAGCAAGUGUUGGAGCCUAUGCGACGCAUCAAGAACACAUGCUCUAGGGUUACCAUCGUCAAGUUCAUCCAAAGGCUCGAACACGCAAUCCUCACGCGAGGUGUCAUCUCUGGUAGUCCGGAUAAUGCCACAGCUCAAGAAUCCCUGCAGCAGUUGCUCCCAACAAGUACCAUUCCAGUCAAAAAGGGCAUUAAGAAAGAACCACUUGUCCAAGAAUUGCCGAGUAAAACUAAUCUCAAGAGUUCAAAUCUAGAUAUCGUUGCCAAAAAAUGCAAGCGAGAUGUAGAGAACGAAAACUCGAAUACAACUUUCGAAAGAAACGUCGAUGUUAAUGAAGAUAACGAAGAGGAUACAGUUUUGGACGACAGAUUGAAGAGUGUUUAUAACCCAUAUGUGGAAGCCAGCUCAUCAACUUCCGUCGCUGUGAUUUCAUCUUCAUCCACACCCAUUGUAACUUGCAAUAAUAAGAAUUCCACUUUAAAACACGACUUCGAUACGGCAAUGGAAGAAGUAUUUUCUCCGUUGGUCCCUGUUUGUGGACACGCGUUAAUUUCUUUCACUAAGCUUAUUGAGGCGGGCGAUGAGAAGGCCAAAGCCAACAGUGUAGAAAUCUUAGGUCUCUUUGAGCAUCAUCUAAAAAAUGAAGACUCUUACGUGUACCUGGCAGCUGUGGAAGGCCUCUCGGCACUUUGCGAUGCUUUCCCCGAUAAAUUAGUACCAAUUAUUUGUGAUGAAAUGAAAAGCGACAGAAGUGCUGUCGACAGAGCUAAGAUGGCCGAAGUAAUCACUAGAUCGGCUCGACGUUUAUCAUCAGCUUUACCCAAAUACAAGCAAUAUUUUUUCAACUCAUUGCUGGGAGGAGUAAAGGAUGAAGACCCAAUAGUUCGGGCGGCUUGUCUGUCGAGCUUAGGUGAAGUAUGUAAAGAGCUGCGCUUGAGUGUCGGGCCUGAGGCCGUAGAAAUUUUUAGCGUUAUCGAGACGGUGAUCCGAUGCGAUGAUGUUGUGGAGCCAAGGAGAGCAGCACUCCUACUAGCAACUCUUUUGUUGCGUGGACUUGGUACAGAUGCUAUAAGGUUUCUAAGUGACGUUCUUAAAGACCUGUACCAGCGCCUCAAGGAGGCCGCCAAAAAGGACAAGGACGAAGUUACUCGUACCCACGCCGUGGUCGCACUUGACGAACUCGACAGCAUUAUGCGAGCAUUCCUCGUUCCCAAACUCAACACCACCAAAAAAAUCUACAUUAAAGAAGCACCUCCGAAACUCUUUUGAACAUAUUUAUUGUGCUUAACAUAUUCAUUAAUUCUCAUUUGGAGAAAGGGUGUUUCACUUAAGUUUUCAUUUGUCAAUAUACAGCGUUUGGUGACAGUGAUGCAUUAAGAGGGCUCAGUAUUUCCUGUGACUAUUUAUUUUGUAACAUGAAAUUUAUCGUGUAAUCACGAUAAUAUAACAGCAAUUUAGCUUAACACUCAACCAGCUCUGUAAAUAUUUACUUGGUGUUGCUGUCCUGUGCCUGUGAUUGUAAUAUCUCCGCUUAGGUACCUUCUAAGCCAAACAUUCUAACGUGAUAUUGUGUCGAGAUUUAUUUCCAGUAUAAGCCAAAUUUUUCAAUACGUAAUCAUAAUUACUGUGAAGAAAUAGAAUAUUCAAUUAUAAUCAUUUUUCCUCUGUUUCUUUAAAUGGCAUUUGUUUUCUAUUUUUUUUUUCUGUAUUGUCAGUUUGGCUUCAUUAUCAUCUUUUACGAUUUCAUUUUGUAAACGCCCAAUUAAAUUUUUCUUGAAUAGUCUUAAUUUCUUUCAAAUUUUCGAUCGACAUUUUCAUACUGAACUUGUUCACAAUAAACAGCGAAUAAAUUGUAGGUUAAAUAAGACUAUGCUGGUAGAAUUGAAAUCUCAGGAGUGUUUCGAAUGCCUGGGAUAUUUCCGUAUACUUUUCAUGGCUAAUGUUGCUUUUAAAUGAUGAAACGUUUUCGAGUGGCUGCACUUUUUCGUUUCGAGUGCACUGCAGUGCACUGCAGAAACGUUUUCGAGUGCACUGCAGCUCACGGCUGCACUUUUUCUUCGAACAGCGUCGUACGAUGGUUUUAUAGAAGUUUAAUGUGCUUGUAACGGUUAAAUUUUUGUCUUUGACUGAAAUAUAAACUAGAUCUUUUUUUGAUGCUUGCAAAAAAUAAUUCGUUUCUGUUUAUUAUGGUCGCUUCUCCCAAUUCGCACACCAAUCUCUGAUCAACGAUUCAACCCCCAAAUUUGAGGACAACCGCAGUUCAGUCAUGAAAAUAUAUUGUUCUUAUGAUCAAGUGGGUGGAGAAUACAUGCGUUCGAAAUGAAUACAUGCGUUCGAAUAGUACCUUUUGUGUUGGUAUUAUAUGGCCCAGGUUGGUAGAAACGAUCGAACGACUCGUCAUUUGAACAUGAUUACUCCAGUGGGAUUGAUAUCGUCCUCGUCACUAGAGGGAUAUAUGUGCCAUCCCUUUGAGAUAGUCUAAGGUUUUAAUAUUUAAUAAAAGUGCCUAAAACCUU